GGCUGGGUACAGAAAAAUUCCCAUAAUGCAUUUAGAGAUUAUCAGAAUCAAUAUAUAAAUUUUUUUUUUAUUUCUUUUUACCUGCAAUAUACUGGUACAAUUUUUGAGUUUUACAAGUGUUUAUAUUUUUGUAUGAAUGGCUAAGUGGGGAGAGGGAGAUCCAAGAUGGAUAGUAGAAGAACGAGAGGAUGCGAAAAACGUGAAUAAUUGGCACUGGUAUGUGUUUUGGACUGUGAUUUAUAAACUGGCCAAAUUGCCCAAAAUAUAUGUUUCUGACAUAUUUUUGCCCAUGUGUUCUGUACUGGUGGGUUUUGGGGAGUACUGCUGGAUUGCAUGUGAUAGUCAAUUUUAGGAUUGUUAACACGUACUAACUAAAUUUAAUGAUAUUACAUACUAACAAGUUAAUUCAAAGGCCAUGUAAAGUCCAUAUGUAAACAAAUGCUUUUUUACAUUUUGAACUCAGUGCUACAGUUGUAACAUAUGAUUAGGUAUAUAUUAUACUGAAUUUUUAACACUCUUCUGGUUCGCUAUGCUUGUAAAUGAAUACAGACUAGAGAUUCAAGUCAAGAAAGUUCGGAAUAUGCAAAAUAUUAGUAACAUUCCAAUGGUCGGGUCCCGACCAUUGGAAUGUAUGCCUGCACAGAACAUAUGUGCAGAACGGACUUUACAUGGUCUUUAAUAAAAUUUUUGAAUAUAUGUCUAUUGUAGUGUAGGCAAUGCCAGGCAUCAUUACAAUGUGCGAGGCAGGCACCUUUUGAAUUUUUGCAGGCACAUUUUAGAAUGCUGACAUUUUAAUAUAAUAAUAAUUUUAAUAAUUUCAUUUUCAAUUUUCUAAAUAAGAUGUGUUUUUGCACGUCUGUAAUUGUUAGAAUGUGAAACUAUUUUUAGCUAUGUCAGUAUAAUGUCUUGAGGACCAAUCAGAUGUCACCAUUCCCACAAUGUUGAUUUCAUGAUGUUAGGAAUGUGGUGCAUUCCUGAAUGUUUUAACCUUUCUCCGUUUUGAUAUUUUCUCAAUUUGCAGUUUUGGUGAUGAUACUACUUAUUGUUCUAUGUUGUUUUGCUUAGGACUGAGAAGAAUGCAACACCUUGGUCAAAAAGACGUCUCAAAGAAUUAUUUACCAAGAUGAAAAUGAACUUUGAAGGAGGUUGGGGGAAUACUUUGCAUACAAUUUGUUACAAAACUAGGGCCAUGUUACUUUGUAUACAUGACGUACACACCAAAUAUUAUAUGCUUACCACAGAGCUUGAAAUUUGAAGUUUUCAGCAUUAUCCAAUGGAAUACUAGUUAGUGAUUUGGAAUCUGGUAUCCACCCAGAAAGUCUAAUUUCCCACAGUUGAGUACUAGAUAUCCUAGCAAGCAGUCGCCAAACACUGAAACAAUUAAGGCAAACUUUCAAUUGGAAAAGUCACUGGAAAAGAGUAUGCAAAAUAUGCAAACACAGACACGGUGAAUAGUAACACAUAUAUGACAAAAUAUAAACAAAGAAAUCUCUGUGUAAAGGAACCUGUUUUUAUUAAUAUCAAAAUGGAUAAUGUGCUUGUGAGGUCCGGUAUCCAAAUUUAAAAUCUGGUAUCCUGUGGAUAUCAGGAUAUUGCAAAUUUCAUACCCUGCUUACCAUACUGAUGACUCCCUCAUUUUGUUAAGGUGAAUGUGAAAUUACAGAAGUCACUAAGCUAGAAGGAGAAGCAACUGCAAAGUAAUCAUUAGCAUUUUCUUUAAUUAAUCACAAUUAACCCAUUGGGUGUCAGUGCUCACAUAUUGAUGAGUUAAAUCGUCUGGCGUUAGACAGAGUAAAAUAAUAAAAUAUUGUGCACUAGGGCACAAUGUAAUUUAAUGGGUUAACUAGACACAUGUGCAGAUAGCCUGAUGUUACCCGUUGAGUGUCAGCACUCCUGUAAUCCUGUUAAUGAGUAGGGUAAAAUCAUCUGGUGUUAGACAGAGUAAAAUAAUAAAGUAGGGCGCAAUGCAACUUAAGUCAAGACUUUUUUUAUUGAUUGGUUUGCGGAUUUGAUUUAAAAAAAAAACAGGUCGGUAGGUCGGAAAAAAAUUCCUAAAAAACACACUGAGUAUAGAUAAGAACCAAAUUUAAUAAUCUCUAUUGAAAUAUCUAAUAAAUCUCCAUAUUGAUUGUCACAAUGAUAACAUGAGCCAGCAGUACUUAGAAUCGUAAAAUUGUUGACAUCCAACUUUUUUUUAAAAUUUUUCACUUUCUGAAUAUUUAUGGUCGGCGGAUCCGUAAACCAAUGAAUAAAAAUGUCUCGCCUAAUGGGUUAAACAUUUGAAUUUAUAUUUUGUUUUUAAUCAGUCUGUGUUUUUGAUUGCAUUUUAAUUAAAGUUUUGUAUUCCAAUAUUUUCUUGUCUGUAGCAAUCGUAAAGCAAAAUUAAUUUUCUUUUAUGAGUGGGAGAUGUCAAUGGAUUGGAAUGGAUCCUUGACUGAUGGUGAUGAUAUUAUUAAAGGCAAAAUUAAAAUUCCUAAUUUAAGUGAGGAAAAUGAACCGGAAGAUAUUACAGUAAGUCAUUAAUUGGUAAAAUGUUGUACUGGUAUGGCAGGUGAAAGUUAAGUGUUGUUUUAUGCUGGCCGGCCGAGGUUAGAAGAUGAAAAAUCAAUAGCACGAACUUAGAUUGGAGAAUAAUACAGUAGCUAUCAUUGUGGUCAAAAAACUUUUUUAAUGAAAAUCUAAAAACUUGUCAUAGAAAACUUGUUCAUCUGUUACCAAAUUAAAUUACAGUAGUAACUACAUUAUGGAUUACUGUUAAAAUCGUCCUUGUUUUUCAGAUUGAAAUUAGUACGAACAAAGAUAAUGAUGAGUCGUAUAAAUUGAAACAGUUAUUAAUAAAACAUGGCACCUCUUUAAUAAGAGAUACUGUUGCAAAAUAUAUUAAAGAAUUAAGAGAAGGUAAGGCAAUGACAAUAACACCAGGAAGAGGCGGACUGAGAGGGAAACUUUACUUGUAUUUUUCAACUAACUUCCCGAUGAAGCUCCUUUGCUUGAAACAUGAACAUUGUACUUGCAUUUUUCAGGGUUUUUCAGUUGAAUCCCUCACAAUCCAAAGCUUUAUGGUUGUGUUGCCUGUUCGGCUGUUAAAUUUUGUGUAAUCUGGAGGUGAGCCGAUCAUCGGCAAAACAUCGGCAAAACCGAUUAAUCGGCUUGUUUUUUUCAUAAUCAGCCAUCGGCCGAUUGUCAUUGGCCAUCGGCCGAUUGUCUUCCACCAUUUGUAUGGUCAGCGGUGUAAUAAAAAAAUGAAAUUCAAAUAUUUGGCGUAGAAACAAUUAUCGAAACGAAAGUGGAAACACUAUGUUUACCGAUUUCCCGUGUUUUUUCAUAGUUGUUUUCUCACUUUUCUGGCAUUUCUGCAAGAUGUAUUAAUUAAAUUAUCAUGUUCCGUAACUUCCUUCAAAUGACCAGUCAGUAGCACGCUGUGGAUUUCAGAAUCAGUGUUAAAAAUGUCGCUUCCUGUUUCUGCAUGUUUUGAGUCUUUUGACGAGAGGAUACAUUUGUAAAAAAAAUUAAGAUGACCAUCGGUUUUGCCGAUUAAUUGGCCGAUGGUGGGUAAAUAUCGACAGUUAACAAUCGGUAUCGGUAAUCGGCUUUUUUUAGACAUCAGCUCACCUCUAGUGUAAUCAUUACACUUUGUAAUGAUUAAUGUAAAAUAAAAAUGGAUAUUUUUUAUUUCAGAAUUUAGCCAAGGUUUAGUGUUGCCAACGAAAACCACAUCAAAUAAAAUGCAAGCUAACAUAAAUAUGGAUAUAAGCAAGGUAGAGAUUC